AUGUAUUCUCCUCACAUGUCUUCCACCAAUCCCAGAAAAAGAGCUGCACCGGGAGCCUCGUCUACGAUUCAAACACCACAAAUGCAACAAACAUAUAAUGCAGGUACCCAGUUACCUAGUGCCGAAUUCUUGCGCUGGAAUCAAAACUCUGAUCCUCAAAAUUUCGCAGAUCCAACCACGAGCAAUUAUAUGAAUAUGUUUGGAGCAAAUCCCGGUCUACCGCAAACGACCACCGGUUUUGAUCAUUCCAUUGCCGCGCAAACUCACUCGACGCAAUUGGCUCGUCGACCGAAUGUGAAUAACAAUCGCCAACUUGUUGCGCCGCGGACGUACGACGGUUCGGGUGAUGCUUGGGGAGCUUUUGACGAUUCGAUGAUGGAUUUACAGAAUGGGCAUGGGGUGAAUGGGGAAAAUGAUGAUAUUGAAGCUCUGGAGGAAAAAGCGGCUAUUGCGAAAAGAGAUGCUCAGUCAAAGAGAAAACAGAUCCCACCAUUUGUGCAGAAGCUAAGCAGCUUUCUUGACGAAUCGAAGAACACGGAACUCAUACGAUGGUCGGAUCGAGGUGAUUCGUUUGUGGUGCUGGAUGAGGAUGAGUUUGCGAAGACGUUGAUUCCGGAAUUGUUUAAGCAUAAUAAUUAUGCCUCUUUCGUGCGACAACUUAACAUGUAUGGUUUCCAUAAGAGAGUAGGACUUUCCGACAAUUCGAUGAAGGCUAGUGAGAGGAAGAAUAAGAGCCCGAGUGAAUAUUACAAUCCUUACUUCAAGCGUGGACAUCCAAAUCUUCUAUGGCUCAUUAAUAAACCGAAGGGGGGAACGAAUAAGAUUCGUAAGGAGGGAGGACCUAGAAGAGGGAAAGUUGAGGAGAUGGGAGAUGGAGAUAGUGAUGAUGAGGCGAGAGACAUUGAAGAAUUUGGUCAAAAUAACUAUACCAACAAUGCAGCCACGAAUCGAGCGAUAUCAGCCGCGCCAGAGUCUGGACCAUUACAACGACGAGAAAUUGCAGUUGUGCAGGGUCAAAUCUCUGAUAUUCAAAAACAACAAAACACCAUCUCACAAGCUAUUGCACGCCUGAGAAAGGAUCACAAUCAGCUCUAUCAACAAGCCAUGGCUUUUCAAAAUCUUCAUGAACGUCAUGAGAGUUCGAUCAAUGCCAUCCUCACCUUUCUUGCUACGGUCUACAACAGAAGUUUGGACGGACAGGGAGCUGAAAAUAUUACUCGGAUGUUUCAAACUGGGUUGAAUCAACAAGGUCCACAUCCACAACAAGGCAAUGUUGUGGAUAUUGGUGACCUUGGAACUCCUCAGCAGCAACCAGCAGCUGGAAGUGUUAGUCCGGUUGUUCGUAAAACACAAAAGUUAUUGACAGCAGGACCACCGGAACGAGAAAGCAGUCGAGUUACUGAAGCUUCAACCGCUGCUUCUAGUCCAAGAAAUCAGUAUUCGACUCCACGUUCCGGAACAGUUGAAGAACUUUUCGAAUCUCCUAGUGAUAGUACGACAACGAAGACUGAACCGCAAAGGGACAUGUUGAAUAUUAUUCAAAACGCUAAUUCACAAAGUCGACCUGAGAAUAAUGUUAUGGACUUUCCGGACAUGCUCACACAUUAUGAGAAUGCAAACGGAAAUUCCCCGCUGACCUCGGAACAGCGCAGCAAUAUGCUUAAUAUCAUUGCUAGCACUUCAUCAGCUCCAGGUUCCAACAAUGCACUUGUGAGUCCGGCACCUCAGGCACCUGAUCUAGCACAAAUGGCCUAUACUCAAGCUGAGAUUGAAAACUUGAUGGGAUUACAACAACAGCAAAGUGAUCGUAUUGCAAGUCUUUCCGCAAAUCUUACACCUCUCAGUCCUUCGGGUUCUAUCCCUGGUGUUCAAGGCGACUCGUAUUUCAAUGGCGCUGAAUCCAUUGAUCCUCAGCAUUCACAUCUGGAUUUAGACAAAUUUUUCGAUUCCCAGGCAUUUUAUAGUGGAGGGAGUCCGGGAAAUCCGAGUUUCAACUUUGAUGAUUUUGGUAACGGAGUGGAUGGGAGUGGGUAUGGGGGUGGAGAAAGUCAUUUUGAUGUUGGUAUGGAUGGUGUGAAUGAUGGGAGUGUGAAUGGUACUGGAUCGAAUGGGAAUGGAGUGAGUAGGAUUGUCGAGACGGUAGCGAGUAGUGAGUCGACGAGUCCGGCGGAUGAUGGAAUGGGAGAUGGGAAUGGGAAUUUGAAUGGAAAUAGUAAUGGGAAUGACAACGCGAGUAAUAAGCGGAGGCGGAAGAUCUGA